AUGAAAUCAAGAAACGAGUUCAAGAAGUUACAAAAAGGAAGGAAAGUUAUAAAUUUUAAAAGAUUAAUUAAACGCCACGAAAUGAGGCAAGUUUAUAGAGUUGGCGCUGGUGAAGUGAGUGAAAGAGCGAGAAAGAAAAGAAAAGGCUUCGCAAGAGAGUGUAGAGAGGGUCACCAAUCAAGCGAAACAUCACUGAACAUCAGUUCGAAUGUGUAA